AUGACCAAGUACAAGGCAAGCGAGGAAUCUUAUAGAGGGCAGGGCCGCCGGCUGUGUCUGCAGGAAUGUCUGGUCGAGCGAGACCUCUUCGUCUUGCUCAACUUGACUCAAAACCAGCGCCCAGGUCCUCCUCCGAAGCGUGCCCUGAAGAGGCAUCCCAACUCACAUUGUGAACAUGCAAUGGACCGUGAUGACCGUCAUACCGCUGGUCAGCCUGAUCCUCACAGCCAUCCUCGCGCCACUUGGCUGGGUGAUACAGCGAUACUGGACCUCGAAGGAUAA